UCUGGUAUCACUUUCUCUCUGUCUCUCUCUUCAUCCAUGGUCUCACUCUGUACGAUUGGACUAGACUCGACUGGGUCGACUGGUCAUUCCUUGCUUGUCACCUCUAGCUGCAGCAAUCCGGUGCAUUCAAGCCAACCCUAGACUUGGCUCGGACCUAUUUGCUCCAUCUCUCUCUACCUGGACUCGGACGAUCAGUGUUUACCUACUUAUCUAGUACAUCUAGUACUAUUUGGACUAUCGAGCUAUCUACUAUCUACGAUCUACCAUCAUUGAUAGGCCAAACAUCCUCUCCACUCGGCUUCGCUACCCGUGCCGAUCUCUCGCUUCCUGUCUGUCUCCACUACCCAUCCCAACCCCAACAACCCCAAUGACUCGCCAAGUCGUGUCCCCGAUCCACUCGUGGAGAAAUCCUGCAGUCAUGGCAGACCUGGCAACGGGAUCACAGUGUCUUUGACCAACGAUACAACGCUCGAAAAGAUCGUCUAGCCCCAACAUGUCACAACAGUCACAACAGUCGCAACACCCCAACCCCCCCUUGCGAUUCGCCGACGUGGCCGUCACCUUCACGGCAGACCAAUUCCAAGGCAUCUACCGCGGCAAGAGAUACCAUGAUCCCGACUUUGCACAGGUCUUGCAGCGCGCCCGAGACUAUGGCUGCGAGCGCGUCAUGUUGACCACCAUGACCCUCGCUGGCGCCCACGCCAAUCUGGAAGUCGCCAGGGAGUUCUCCGACAUGUGUACAGUGACCCUCGGUGUGCACCCCUACCACGCGGGCGAGAUCUACGCUGUCGACGGAAAGGCACACCUGCAAGAGCUGCGGGAGCUAGGUGUCGCUCUCCUCGCCGAAGGUCCGUUGUCGCCGCUGGUGGCGUUUGGCGAGAUCGGUCUCGACUACGACUAUCUCAACCGCGCCGACAAAGACACCCAGCAGCGCGCAUUUCGCGACCAGCUCGACCUCGCCGUCGAGCUGCAGUUGCCCCUCUUCCUGCACGUGCGCGAGUCCUGCGCCGACUUUGUCGACAUCAUCACCCCCUACCUGCCCCGGCUGCCGCGCGGCGGGCUCGUCCACUCCUUUGCCGGGACCGCAGACGAGAUGCACCAGCUCGUCGACCUCGGGCUGGAGAUCAGUGUCAACGGGGUGUGUUUCCGCACCGACGCGCAGCUCGACAUGGUGCGCCAGAUCCCGCUCGACAAGCUCCAUCUUGAGACCGACGCCCCGUGGUGUGAGGUUCUGGCUACCGAUGAGAAGAUUGCACCCUACUUGGCGGAUGCGCGACCGCAGCCGCCGUCGCGCAAGCACAACAAGUUCCUCCCGGGCCAGAUGGUCAAGACCCGGAAUGAAAGCUGUACUAUUGAGCGUGUGGCCCUGGUGGUUGCGGGCUUGAAGGGAGUGGCCGUCGAAGAGGUGGCGCAGGCUGCCUGGAAUAACAGCGUGCGUCUGUUUGGGCUGCACGUGUAG